CAUAACAAGGGAAGGGUACACACCGAACAGUACAAGAUAAAGACAGACAGACUAUUUCAUCUGCACAGUUCCCACACCAUCGUCUUACCAUGAGGACCUUCGCAUGCCUUCUCCUGUCCCUUCUGGUGGGAUCCUGCUGCCUGCUGACGUACGGUCAGAUCCCGAGGCGCCAGGUGACCAAGACACUGACACUAAGUAAUGGCAUUGACUGGGGCACUCUGGGGAAACUGGAGUACUGCCCAGACGGAAGCUGGGCAGUCAACUUUGAAGGGAAGUUCGAGCCCUACACCUUCUUGGACACUGAUGAGACUGGUUUCAACGCCCUCAGGCUGUACUGUUUCACUAAAGACAACUCCCUGACUGGUUUUAUCACGUCGACGGAGGGAGAUAAAGGAGAGUGGCAGGACAUGAGAUCGUGUCACAACGGGUUCCUGACGGCAAUGCGAGCGAGGGUGUUGCCGCCUCAGGGAGCUCUGGCCGACGAUGUGGCGGUACAGAACAUGCAGCUGGAAUGUGAUUAUGGCCGGGAGAUCCUGACAGCUGUGGAUGGAGCUUACGCCAAGAUUCCCUUGGGUGAGUGGGGGGAGUGGUCAGCGUGUCCCAAAGACUCAGCCAUCUGUGGGAUUCAGACCCAAUAUAACAAACCUACGACCGCUGUGGACGAUGCAGGCGUGUGUGACAUGCUCUUGUUCUGCUGUUCCCUCAACGAAACCACCACAGUCACGAGCUAACCAGUGGCUUUCUUGGUAUUUAUCUUCGCGCACCUCAUGUCCUCAUUACGACGCUUAAAAUAUCAAUAAAUUAAUAGUUCUGCUAAUUCUAUAAGACUUCAGUGAAUAAUUGUGAUGUAAUGUUUCCAAACCAAUAAAUUUUAGACAUACGUUUAUAUAAGAAAA